UACAAUUGAAUAUCAUUAACGGAUCAUUGGUUCUAAAGGCCUCUUGUUGUUGUUGUAUUUUAUCAUUCAGGGCGUAUCGUGACGUCCCGUGGUGCAUUUUAAAUAUUUACAUUCUUGUGAUCAGGUCAAAGUUCAAAAUUCACAGGUAGCGCGAGAGAGAGCUGUAACAAUGUUGAAGCCACUACACCUGCUCUACUGUGCGAGCCUGCUUGGUUUGACCACCAUUUCAGGCUUGUUGUUGUUGUUGUACCACUGUGCACCUGUCCUGUACUACCUGUGCACGGGGAUACUACUGGGUUCAGUGGGAUACUGUGUGGUUCUGUACUUGGUACCGAAGGGCCGAGUGAGCGGGAACGGUAAAGCUGUCUUCAUUACAGGUUGUGACAGUGGCUUUGGCUUUCGACUGGCCAAACGUCUGGACUCGCUGGGUUUCACGGUGUUUGCCGGCUGUCUGCUGGCAGAUAGUGGUGGGGAGGGGUCAAAGAAACUCCGGGCGGAGUGCUCGAACAGGCUGAGUACUGUUCAGAUUGACGUCACUGAUGAUGGACAGGUGCAGGCCGCUGUCAGACAGGUCAAAGAUCGACUUCCGACGGGGUCAAAGGGUCUUUACGCAUUGGUGAACAAUGCUGGAGUCUGGCAGCCGGGAGAGAUAGAGUGGGUCAGCAUGGCCGCCUACCGACGUGUGAUGGAAGUGAAUGCCUUCGGUACCGUGCGGGUCACCAAGGCGUUCUUGCCUCUGAUUCGUCGGGUAAAAGGACGAGUUGUGAACAUUACCAGUGAGGCGGGUCUCCAUUCACCCCCAACUAUAUCCGCCUAUCACAUGACCAAGAGAGCCGUGGAAUUUUUCUCCGACGCACUCAGACACGAGAUGCACAAGUGGGGAGUCAAAGUCGUCGUAGUGCAGCCUGGCAGCUUUGCAAGGGCUACAGAUAUCGUCUUGCCUGCCGUCUACAAUAGGUUCGUCGAGAAUCUGCGGAACAACGUGGAAGAAGCUGUGAAGGAGGAUUAUGGCAUGGAGUACUUCGACUUCAAGAUGGAACAGAUGAGAUCCUGGCUUACUGUUGACAUUCAGGGAAAGGAUCCCAACCCUGUCAUAGAUGCUAUGGCGGACGCCGUCACCCUGACCACCCCCGCACAUCGCUACUUAGUUGGGUCGAGUUUUGAGGACUAUGUCAACAAAAUUUGGCUGGGCUACUUCCCCACGCAGUGGACUGACUACACAGAGAGGCCCGAGAAGGAAAGCGACCCUAAACCGGCCUUGCUACAGAAAAAUAUCUAGUACAGACAACGCAGUAUAUUAGCUUCUUGAAUUCCUUUGGAUAUGUCGUUUUGACUGAAUUGUACAUUGGUAUUUUCUGCUAUUUUCCGGAACUGCGAAGUUGUCAAUACUUGACAGAGGUUAUCAAGCAUUGCAUGUAAUUAUGGUCCAAAGGUGUGACGAGCAAGCUUGGCUGUUUAAGAAAAAAUUGUCCAAACGAUAACGUAGUUUGACUUAAUUAAAUAAUCAUCUCACAGCCUUUCCACUGGCAAGUCCCCUUGAGGGGGAAAAGGACCAAUAAGUCACCCGAAUAGCGAAAGAUUGUGUAACACAGGCGAUAAAGUAUAAAUUUAGAAACAUGUGAUUACCUUACAUUGUACUUAAAAUUUCACACCCAGUGCUUCUUGUUUGAAGGUUUAAAGAAAAUCUGUCAAAAUUUAAGAUCUGAAAUGAAGUUUAUAAUACUUUCAGCUGGCAAAUCCUGAACACUUGAAAUAAAGGCAACGACAAUC